GGCGAUCUACACUACCGUGAUCAACUCUCGUGCAUCUAUUUUUCCCUUCACCACUUGACCAUGUCCCAGUGGGCGAACAAUCCGCCUCCCCCGACCAGCAUGGAGUAUGCCCCGAGCGUAUUCGGUGGUGGCCGCGUCCCUCGAGUCGAGACACACAAUCCCACAGGCGUCAUUCGCUGCGGAGAUCUGAGUUUGACCAUUGAGGGUCAGCUCGUGCCAGUCGUGGAUGUCAUGUUGGGCUCCCAGUUGGGUAUCUACUUUGAGCACCACAUCGUGCUGUGGAAAGACCCCGCUUUGACGAUUCGAAUGUCUUCCUGGAAAGGUGGUUUCCAACGCUUUCUCGCUGGCAUACCAAUCUUUCAAACCCAAGCCAAUGGACCCGGCAACAUUGCCUUCUCUCGCGACUCGGUGGGACAGAUUGUGUGUCUCAAGGUGGAUCCUGGCCAGACUGUGAAAGUAAGGGAGCACCAGUUCAUUCUCGCAACACAAAACGUCUCCUAUGGCGUGUCAGUGUUUCCAGGCGCUUCAAACAUCCUCUUUGCUCGCACCGGGCUGGUCAUCGACACGUUCACCUGUAAUGGUCCACAUGAGGGUCUCGUCCUGCUGCAUGGCUAUGGCAAUGUAUUCGAACGGGUGCUACAGCCUGGAGAAGCCUUGGAUAUCGAGCCAGGUGCAUGGUUGUGGUCCGAUGCUUCGGUGAGCAUGCAGGUGAGGGGUGUGAUCCAGAUGCCUUGGACUGACCGUAGACCAUCAACGUGAUGCAAUCCGCUGCACCAGCCCAGGGUCGACAUGGCUUUGGCGGGUUCAUGCAAAAGCUGGAGACUGGUAUGAACAAUUUCGUCUCGGGACAGGGAUCCUUGCAUAUGAAUCGGCUGAUAGGUCCAGGCCGAGUGGGAAUCCAGAGUA